UAUUAAAAGCUCGUCCUAAUUUAAAUAUUUCACAAACAUUACUUCCUGUUAGCUAUAUGAAUAUUUAUUAGUACAUGUAUUUAUAUUUUGGAUAUAAACAGUUUGAUUUACAAAGAGAAGAAGGAAGAUUAUUUAAAUCAAAGAAAAAUGUCGGACGUUUUUAAAAGUUUUGUUUUAUUUACAGCUUUAACUUUCUUUGAAGUUUCUGGUGUGGAGUUUACUUUUAGCAGGGAGAGAGUUUUACUUGGCAGCACAGGAACAUUAACUAUGACAUGCGAUAUCACUGAAACAGAUGUUACAGAUAUUUACCUUAUACAGAUAAGAAGACUCAAAUCAACCACGCUUUCUGGAUCAGAUCCUAAUGAUUGGCAGACAUUAGCAUUAAUGGAAGCAGGAAUAAAUGAAACUCCUACAUUAGGUGGUGAUGUAGUAUCAAAUACUAAAGAUUAUGUUGCUGGAGGAUCAUGGGAUUCUACAACACCAGCUAACACAGUUCUUACAUUGUCUAUGAGCAUGGAGAAGUUAGUUUGUGAUGAUGCCAGGUAUUAUAGAUGUGAAUUGACAUAUAAAAGCUCCACAAAUAAACAAGUACUGAUGUUAAAAGGAAAGCCACUUUCUCAGCUUAUGUAAAACCUCAAGUGACAUCAUUAGUUGUAAGGAAGAAUGGUUUUAUAGUAGAAGGAAUGUCACCAUCUUACAUGGCUAAUGUGGAUGUA